UGAAGAUGCUUCAUCCAUCUGUGUCCAGCCAACACCUGCCCAGCCCCAUCCUCACCGCUGCCACUGCUCCUGCUCCAGUGUCGGGUGGUACUGGCUGCUCCGGGCAGUGUGGAAGCGCUCCCCAGGCUGGCAGCAGAGGGAAGAGCUGGCUUGGGUCUCCCACAGCUCUUUCUCUGCCCCUUCCUCUUGCACAGACGACGGGAAGGAGUUUAGGGAGCCCGGGUCACCCAGCUGCCCUCACUAAGGCUGGUGCUGACGGAGCUGAGCAGCUGCCACUCUGUGAGUGUUCCUCCUGCCUCUGCUCCGCCCCAGGGGCUGCCGCAGCCCAGCAUCAGCUGCAUCAGUCCUCACCUUCUGUUCUUCUCCCCUUGCCCAGGGCACAACACUGGACGCCGGCAGCCUGGAGAAGCUGCUCCAGCUCCAGGCCCAGGCUGGUGCCAAGCAGCUGCCAGUUCCCAUCUCCUCUGUCAGUGAAGGCGGAUGUGGCCAUGUGGAUGCAGUCAGGACCUGCAGGAGCAGGAGGAGGCUGCCCUGGCCAUUGGCACGGCCAGGGACCUCGGCUGCAGUGGGGGCACCGGGGCCAUUGGGCUCUGCUGGUGCAGGAGCUCUGUUUGGCCGGCCCCUGGCAGAUCUGUGCAGCCAGGACGGCAUGCUGCCCCAGCCCAUCCAGGACCUGCUGGCUCUGCUCAGUGAGCAUGGCCCAUCCACGGAGGGGAUCUUCCGGCUGGCAGCCAUCCAGCAUGCCUGCCGAGAGGUCAGGGAGGCCCUGGACAGCAGGGUGCGGUGCAGCUGGAAAACCAGCCCAUACUGCUGCUGGCUGUCCUCUUGAAGGACCUCCUCCGGAAGAUCCCCUCCAAGCUCCUCCACAUCCAGCUGUACAAGGAGUGGAUGAAUGCCAUGGGGAAGACCAGCAGGCAGGAGAGGCUGGCAGCACUGAAAGUGGUGGCCAGCAAGCUACCAGAGGCCAACCUGCUCCUGCUCCAGCGCUUGCUGGCGCUGCUUGGCAGCAUCAGCAAGAACGUGGCAGCUACCAAGAUGAUUGCUGGGAACCUGGCAUCUGCCUGGCACCAACCCUCCUGAGCCCAGCCCAGGAGCUGCUCCUGGGUGUCCUGGCUCUGGAGACAGGCAAGGUACGCUGUGCUCACCACCCAGCUACAGCGUCCCCAGCUCAGCCCAGCUUUGCUGCUCAGAGGGUCCUGGCUGCCUCCUCCCAUCAGCAAAGCCAUGGGGCAGCAGCCGGGAAGAGCAGCCCCACGGCUGCACCUUCCUGCACAGAAGCACGGCUCUGGCUGGGAAAGGCUGCUUGAGCCCUCAUCAGCCCCCUCGGUGAAACCAGUGCUUUGCUGUGUGCAGAUGACGCAGCUCAUCAAGCUCCUCACUGACCAGCAGGAGGAACUCCUUGGAGAGCA